AUGAGACGACGUUCAAAAGGGGGAUCGUCAUGUAUUGCGGGAGACCACCCGAAUCCACUCGCAUCUAGCCGAGAAAGCACCGAUGAACAUGACAAGGGUGCCUGUACGCUGUAUUUUCGUGAUUUUAACUCAAAUCUUUACUCGUUGGACUUUAAAAUACACAAAAACGUACGCGAUGGUGCUGCUCUAAGGCGUCUCAUCGCGAAUAUGUGCCACCUCGAUCACGAAGAGACGUUGGGCUUGGCGUACUCAGGGCCUAGUGUCCUUGCUGCGAAUACAAGCAUUAGUGAACCUUACGUACCUGCUGAUUUAGAUCUUCUUAUCGCACGUGAUGAGGAGUUUUCGAAACGUAUGUCAUACACCGAGGAAUACCCACUGAGGCUGCAUCGACGAACGGCGCCACAUCCUAACGUGGUGAUUGACGGCAGAUCGAAUGAAGCUACGUCACGUAGUGCACCCAAAGAGCCUCAACCGAAAAACAUUACCAUCCAAGCGAACUCUUUGUUGAAGCUAGAUAAUAAUUCUGAGAGAAAUGGACCAAGUCUUUCUCCCAUUUAUUAUGGUCACGGUACACUUUCCCCGGGUGUGGCUGCGGCGCAUCUUAGAGAAACCUCCUACCGAUCGAGCUCGCCAUCUACGAAAGCGCUCAAACCCCGUAUUUACCCCUCUAAUACCACACAUAUCACGGAUAAAACGCCCAUCUUCAUUCUCGCCGCCAACUACUAUAUUUUCUAUCCCAACCAAGCGUCCGAGCUUCUCUGCGAUGAGACGACGACAACCGUGUUGGAGGCGGUGAUGUGUGGUGAAAAGCGAGGUCCGUCCGUUUCCAUUUUAUCCGGGCCUUUUCAGGGCUGCACUUUUCUCGUGAAUCCGGACGACGGCAUCGCGGUGCUGAAGAGAAUCGGCAUGGCGGACGUGAAGGUCGUUCGGAGCGCAGCGGAGACGAUUCAGUAUUGUGUGAAUCCGCCUACUGAUGCGCAGUGGAUGGAGUUUCACCGGCCGAUAUUUCUCCCACCAGGGCGAUGGUGUGUGCAGGCGAAGGCGUCCUCCUCGCAGGAGAAGUUUUCCGCCACCACGGCGAGAGUUUACACUGUCAGUGUUUUGUAA